AUGGGAGGGACGAAGAGGAAGAUCCCGAUGCAGAAGAUCGAGAAGAAAGAGGCGAGAUCUGUGGCAUUCUCCAAACGGCGCGAAGGUCUUUUCCGGAAAGCUUCCGAGCUCUGCCUUCUCGGCAAUACCCACAUCGCCAUUUUAGUCACUCCCCCUUCCGCCAAUUCCAACGUCUCCUUCUACUCCUUCGGCCACUCUUCCGUCGACGAAGUCGUCGACGCUUUCCUCAACAACCGAACUCCGACAUUGUGCGACGAUCACGCCUUGUCCCGCUCUCGCGAGUCGAAGAACAAGGAUCGCUUGGCGGGGAAGAAACAGACUUCGGGGCUAGGGUUUCGCUGGGAGGAGGAUGGGUUCGAGGAAACGGCUAGUACACGGGAUUUGGAGGUCGCGAUUGAUGAGAUCUCCGAGCUCAUGAACAUCGUGAGGCUCCGACUGAACGACAUGAACAAUCAGAGACCUCGUCUCCUGGAGAAGCCGAAGCCUGGUGAGUUAACUGUUCAAGAUUUGGGCAGCCAUGGCGGGAAGCAUGAUGAUACUCUUGGAAACCUUGCGCCGCAAGUUUCAGACCAACCCAACAGAAUCUCCGAGAAUUCCGACAUAUUCACAGAAGCCAUGGCGAAUUCCGGUAUUCGUUUCGAGGAAUUGGAAGAAGCCAGUUCUCUAUAUGAGAAAGAUUUGGAAGAUCCACCAGUAGAUGGCAUCAAUUUUGAUGAUAUUUUCACACACUUCAACUUUUAA